AAGUCUUCUUCAUCGAUCCAUCGGAGGUUGCUCAGCAUAUCCCAGGCCCACCACUUCCUUUUCGCCACAUCACAACAUGAUCCGCUCAUCAUCAGCAGCGGCAUCAGCAGCAUCGUCCUCAGCGAGGACGGCAGGCAAGGCACUGGCUCGCCCACCUACGCUAGUCAUCAGCAAUGGCGUGCGCAUACAGCCACGCCCCCUCGCCCUCAAUCGUCCACCCACAGCACUCGCCAUACAUCACUCUCAUCGUCACUUCUCAUCCUCAACUCCUCGUGGGGAUGGACCCGCCCGCUCUCCUUUCCAAGUCUUUGUAGACACGCUCAAAGAGGAGCUCAAGAAGUCCCAAGAGAUGCAGGACAACAUGCGCCAACUCCAGGGAGAAGCAGGCAAGAUCCAAGACUCCGAAACAAUGAAGCGCAUGCGCGAAGCCUACGAACGAGCGCGCAUCAUCACCUCCAUCAAGGAGAAUCCCCGACUUCAAAAGGCAGCAGCGCAGCUUCGCAAGAGUGGAGGCACCGUAGGCGAUGCGGUGGGGACUGCACUGCGGCAGAUGGAGGACUCUGAGCUCAUCAAGGGGCUCUCAGCUAUCUCGUCGAGGAUGGCAAGGCAGCUAGCCGACUCCACGGCACCCAUUAGGAAUACCGAGGCGUACAAGGCUUUCAGUGAGACGUUGACUGAAGCCUUUGACGAUGGAGGAUCGGCGCUGCGCAUCGAUACAGGAGCUGCGGAUGCGAGGGAGGCGAGGAGGUUGAAGCGUGAGGCGCGACUGAGGAAGAUUGGCAGGCCUCCGCCUAGCAUGGACCCAGAGACGCCACAACAGGCUGCGGAGACUGUCGUCGAUGAUGCGGCUUCGAAGGAGGAGGCAGACCCUAUUCAGCAGGCGGCUGCCGCUGGUGCUGCAGCUGGAUCCGCAGGAGCCCGGGCAGCUGCCGAAGAGGAUGGUGCGAGCACCUCAUCGGCAGCAGAAGAAGGCGGCAAGCAAAGCGAGGCUUCCUCAUCAUCAGCAGGAGCCCCAAAGCCAACGCCACAGCCCCGCAAGAAGCCUUCCGGCUAUGCUAUCCGGGUGCGUUCCCUCUCCGAGGAUCCCAACGCUGGCCAAUCUCUAGUACUCCGGCCCGAACCAGCAUACAAGCAAGCCUGGUCGACCUUCAAAGAGAACAAUCCUAUCAUGCGCAAGCUCUCCGACCUCCGCACCGCCUACGACGAGAGCGAAAACCCCUUCAUCGAACGGCUCCGUAGCGUAACGGAGACGAUCGGCGGAUGGUUCGAGGAGAAUGAGAUGGCGCAGGUAGUAGGUGUCUUCAGAUCGCUCGACCCUCAAUUCUCGCUCGAGAGCUUCCAAAGGGAGCUGAGGGAGUACGUCCUGCCGGAGAUUGUAGAUGCCUACCACGGUGCUGCCCGCCAUCUGUUGAGGCAGUGGUGCUCCGAAGCCACCUACAAUGUGCUGAUGGCUACGGUGGAUCCCUACGUCAGCAAGGGAAUGAUUGCCAACGGCCGGCUCUUGGACAUGCGCAACGUCGACAUCAUGCAGGGGAGGAUGCUUGACAACAACGUGCCCGUCUUGGUGGUCAGCUUCACAACGAGUGAGCUGAUGUGGUUCAAGGACCCAAAGACGGGAGAGGUGAAAGCGGGUAGGGAUGAUCAAGCGGACCUUUGCAGGUAUGCGGUGGUAUUGACGCGACUUGAGGCUGAGCUGGAUAAUGAGGUUACGGGCGGGUGGAAGGUCGUCGAGCUGGCGAGGAGGGGACAAGGGGCUUUCUUGUGACCGAGGGGAGGAAGGGUAGCAAGGAGAAGCAAUAGAAGUCGGGAGAUCGCGACUUCACCAUCAUCAUCACUCUAGCAGCAUCAUGCUCGAGCAUUAUUAGAAUGGCAGCAACGCGUCUCACAUGAAACACUACUUUCAGAGGCUCUCCUU